AUGGCGUCGCGGCGCAAGCGCGGCGCGCUCAGCUCGCCGUGCGCCUUCACUGUGAGCGAGCGGCGCGUCUACGUCUGCGACCGCGAGAACCACCGCAUCUCCGUCUUCUCGGCCGACGACGGCGCCUACCGCCACUGCUUCUCCACCUUCGGCGACGCGCCCGGCUGCAUGCGGGAGAUCUGGGGAGACCUCUGA